UUGACUACGUGCUCAAGCAAGUUUUACUUCUUCCUCGUGCAGGGGUGUCUGCCAGCAGCCUGCAGUCUCAGAAAUCAGACUCAAGUGACUAGGACUCUUGAGAUCAAAGGCUUACCAUGCUACUCCCCAGGACAGCCAGGGACUGCUGACGUGACCACUGGACAGUGAUCUGUGGUUCGUAUAGUUACCAAAAAGAAUGGAUAAGCUUAAUAAAAUAACUGUCCCCGCCAGUCAGAAGUUGAGGCAGCUUCAAAAAAUGGUCCAUGAUAUGAAGAACAAUGAAGGUGGAAUAAUGAACAAGAUCAAAAAGCUGAAAGUCAAAGCACCUCCAAGUGUUCCGCGAAGGGACUAUGCCUCAGAGAGGCCAGCUGACGAAGAGGAGCAGUGGUCAGAUGACUUUUCAGACUGCUGUGCUGGAGGGGCUGCAAGGACUCCAGACUCCUCCCCGGGAUCCACACUGAUCCUCAGCCUCCAGACAUACAGAAUUCAGCCACCCUUGGGGUUAGAAGUCCAUGCGUUCCCCCAGGAUAGUAGUCCAGGUGAUACGUUUUGGAGCAAAAGGCCCGGCUUCAGCCCCAGGGCUGCUGCUAACAGCUGCCUAACCCUGGACAGCGAUUAUGAAAACCCAGAUGAGCACUCCGACUCGGAAAUGUAUGUGCUGCCGGCCGAGGAGGCUGGGGACGACAGCUACGAGCCACCACCCGCUGAGCAGGAGACUCGGACAGUUCACCGGGCCCUGCCCUUCACCAGGGGCGAGUACGUAGACAAUCGGUCAAGCCAGAGGCAGUCUCCGCCCUUCAGCAAGACCCUUCCCAGUAAACCCAACUGGCCUUCGGCAAAGGCGAGGCAGGCCGCCACUCUGCCAGCCCCGACUUCUCUGCACAAACCUCAAGUCCCACCCAGACCCAAAGAGCUCCUUGAGGAUGAGGCUGAUUAUGUGGUCCCUGUGGAAGAUGAAGAUGAAAACUAUAUUCAUCCCACAGAAGACAGUUCACUCCCAUCUGAAAAAGCUCCCAUGGUGAAUAGAUCAACCAAGCCAAAUAACUCCUCAAAGCCAGCCUCACCUCCAGGGACAGCUUCAGAUCGAAAGAGCGGGGCCUGGGACUCUAAGUCAACCUCUUCACCUGCUGCACCAUCCCCACUGCCCAGGGCUGGGAAAAAAACAGCUACGCCACUGAAGACGACUCCAGUUGUCUCUCAACAGAAUGCCUCAAGUGUUUGUGAAGAAAAACCUAUACCUGCUGAACGCCACCGAGGGUCUAGUCACAGACAAGAAAAUAUGCAGUCACAAGUUUUUCCUCCUCCUCCCCAGAAACCAGUUCAUCAAAAACCCAUACCUCUGCCAAGAUUUCCAGAAGGGGGAAGCCCAACUGUGGAUGGCCCAUUACCCAGCUUUUCAUCUAAUUCCAAUUUGUCAGAACAGGAAGCUGACGUUCACUGUAAACCAUGGUACGCUGGUGCCUGCGAUCGAAAGUCGGCCGAAGAGGCAUUAUACAGAUCAAACAAGGAUGGAUCAUUUCUUAUUCGGAAAAGCUCUGGCCAUGAUUCCAAACAGCCAUAUACACUAGUUGUAUUUUUUAAUAAGCGAGUAUAUAAUAUCCCUGUGCGAUUUAUUGAAGCAACAAAACAGUAUGCUUUGGGCAGAAAGAAAACUGGUGAAGAGUACUUUGGAAGUGUUGCUGAAAUCAUCAAGAAUCAUCAACACAGUCCCCUGGUUCUUAUUGACAGUCAGAAUAACACAAAAGAUUCCACAAGACUGAAAUAUGCAGUUAAAGUUUCAUAAAUUAAAAAAAAUUUUUUAAAGGAAGUCAACAUCAUUGCUUCAGACAUUUUACCUACUUCUACUUUUGAGGAAAAAGUCCAAAAACUUCAUAUUUUGGAUUAUGAAUCAUCCAGUAAUAAAAUAGAAGAUGAGGAAGCUGAGGUAGAUGAGGAAGAUGAGGUGGUCGUCGAUUUCCUUAUAAGAAGCUCACAUGGACAUGUUCUGUUGCCUGACUUGAUGAACUGUUAAUAUCUGGUGAGGCUGAGAAUAUGCUACUAAUAUUCUCCAAAUAAAUGUCUUUAUUUAAAAAAACAGGUGUAAAGUAUUUUCAGUCAUGUAAGAAAAUAACACGCUACUUCCAGAAAAAGAAAAUGAUUCUCUUGGAUAAAACAAAGCUGCUGAAAAUUUAGACCACCACAAUGGUCCUAGUGCCCCAGUGUAACUAGGACGCCUACUGUCAGUGCUUGACAAUUGCCUUGGUUAAAAUUUUAAUGUGUAGAAAAUAAAAUAUAGAUAAUAUAUGAUAUUUAUAAAUACAAAUAAGGGGGAUGUAAUGGUUCCUUUUUGUGAGCUCCCAACCAUGGGAGAUGUAUACAGAUACGAACUUUCUUAUCCAUGAUUAUGUUGUUAGCUUAGCUUAUUAAAUAUAAUUAUACCCUC